UAUGAAUCUGAUGAAGAACAGAAAGAAAAAGAUCGGAAGGUGAAAAACACCUAUACUAUGGACCCAGAUCACAGGCUGCUAUUACGGAAUACAAAGCCCUUGCUUCAAAGCCGAAAUGCUGCUGUGGUAAUGGCAGUUGCACAGCUUUACUGGCAUUUGGCACCAAAAUCCGAAGCUGGUAUUGUUUCAAAGUCACUGGUGCGUUUACUCCGUAGUAAUAGGGAGGUGCAGUAUAUUGUUCUGCAAAAUAUUGCCACUAUGUCAAUUCAGCGGAAGGGCACAUAUGAACCUUACCUGAAGAGUUUUUAUGUUAGAUCAACUGAUCCAACAAUGAUCAAAACACUGAAGCUUGAAAUCUUGACAAAUUUAGCUAAUGAAGCCAACAUAUCAACUCUGCUUCGAGAAUUUCAGACUUAUGUGAAAAGCCAAGAUAAACAGUUUGCUGCAGCUACAAUUCAAGCCAUAGGCAGAUGCGCAACUAACAUCACCGAAGUGACUGACACAUGCCUUAAUGGCCUCGUAUGUUUGCUGUCCAACAGGGAUGAAAUUGUAGUUGCUGAAAGUGUUGUUGUCAUUAAGAAACUGCUGCAGACCCAGCCAGCGCACCAUGGUGAAAUUAUUAAGCAUAUGGCCAAACUCUUGGAUAACAUUACAGUUCCAGUAGCCAGAGCCAGCAUUCUCUGGCUCAUCGGCGAGUACUGUGAAAGGGUUCCGAAGAUCGCACCUGAUGUUUUGAGAAAGACAGCUAAGAGCUUCACUAGUGAAGAUGACCUUGUAAAGUUGCAGAUCUUAAAUUUGGGCACAAAACUCUAUUUAACAAACUCAAAGCAGACAAAAUUGCUUACCCAGUACGUAUUAAAUCUCGGCAAGUACGAUCAAAGCUACGACAUCAGAGACCGUACAAGAUUUAUUAGGCAGCUUAUUGUUCCGAAUGAGAAGAGUGGAGCUUUAAGCAAAUAUGCCAAAAAAAUAUUUCUGGCACAGAAACCUGCCCCAUUUCUUGAGUCUCCUUUUAAAGAUCGGGAUCAUUUCCAGCUUGGCACCUUGUCUCACACACUGAACA